AUGAGGAAGAUAAACCAAUUACUUCGCAAGAAUAAACGAGAAUUGGAUAGGUCCAUGAAUCAACUACAACCACUCAAGAAGAAAACAGAAGGGCUCAUUAAAAAAGCGGCAAAAGAGAAAGACUACAAAACUGCUAAACUUUAUGCAAAAGAAUACAUCAAUAUCAAUAAACAAUUCAAUAAACUUUAUACAUCGCGAACUAGACUAGAUUCAAUAACAAUGACAAUUAAUGAGCAAUGGCAAAUGAACAAACUCACAAAAUCGAUACACGCAUCAACAUCAGUAAUGAAAGAUGUGAAUCAGUUGAUCUACAUUGGUGCAGUUUCGCAAACCAUGCAGGAAUUGACUAAGGAAUUGAUGAAGGCUGGUAUAAUCAAUGAAAUGGUGGAUGAUAUGGUUGAUUUGGGUGAAGAAGACGAGGAGUUGGAAAGUGAGUCACAGGAAGAGGUAGACAAGAUAAUAACAAGUCUAACAGAAGAUAAAUUGAACAAAAUUGAGAGCAAAGUACCAAAAGAAGGCUUUGAGGUUGAAAAUUCUUCCCGGAAGGAAGCAUCGAUUAGCGAAGAAGAAGAAGAAGAAGAAGAAGAAGACAUUGCAAUUGACGAAAUGAGGCAGAGGUUGAAAGCUUUACAAUGA